UAGUGAAAGGAGCGCACAAUCGACGACGGCGAGGUGCGCUCUCUUGUUUGAAAGCUCUACUUUUUCAGAGAUGCGGGCGAAACUUCUGCUGUUGCCCUGUGUGGUCUUCUCAAGUCUGGUGCUCUGCAGCCCUACCGAUGCAUGGUACAAGCAGGUGGCCAAUCCAAGCUUCCACUCGGUGGGCAGGGCGUCUGGCUUGCUGUCGGGUAUCCGGAGGUCACCGUACGGCCGGAGGGGAGCUGACAUGGAACCAUCAGAAAGUUGGUUUCCUGAAACAGAAGCACUCCGUUUUAGCCUGAAGACAAUGCCCAACUGUAUAAGAGACAUUGUGCCAAACCUGAUGAGUUGUGAACUCUUCUCUGGCGACAAGACAACAUUCAAGUGCAAAGCCGACAUCUUCCUCUCCCAAGACCCUGCUGACUGUAUGGAGGCUUAGAUGCAACAUUGUAUCAAUCAUGGAUUAUCAAUAGACUCGAUAGCCAAUGCUUAAAGGCCAAAAUUAUUCAUACCCCAUUCGUAUGAAGCUGACCAGUGCAUGUGUUUGUGCAGGUAUGUUUUCAUUGUGAUGCUUUUUACAUAUUGUGUAUAUAUUGUACCAAGUGCGCCGAUAAAGCGCUGACCAACGCAUGUCAUGUGUUAGUGCAGACGUAAUUAAACAAAUUGAACAACCA